GUGGCGGGGAGGGCCCGGCCGCGGCCGCUCUUAUUUGUAAACAAAAGGAGCGGCACGACCCAAACAAAAGCGGCCGGGCGGGCGGUACCCGCGCCCCGCUCCGCACCGCAUGGUUCCGCGAUUCCCGCGGCCCCGCACCGCGCCCCGCGCCCCGCACCGCCCCGCUCACUUGGAGGACCAGCCUCGCCACUUGACCAGGCAUGGAAGAAGAUGAGUCAGCACCUCAGGGAGUUCUGCUCGGCGGGCCCGGAGCCGGCCGUUAACCGUGCGGGGAUAUGAAUUGCCGUCGCCCCGGCGCCUGGGUGCCCGCGGCGCGCAGGGACUGAGCAGGAGUCGGACGGGCCAUGGGGUGUCCUGCGUGGGGCCUCGCCCGCACCCCGGGCACUGCCGUCUCCGGCUGAGAAGCUGCUGCUGUGAGACCCUGACAGCUCUUCCUGACGGCGUGGAGGGGCGAACACGAGCGUGAGCUCCCACCUGCCACCGCACCCGAGGCGCCUGCUCUUGGCCUUCAGCGCGCCCCUGAGAGCGCCGCGGGAGGAGCUGGGCUCACUGAAAGACCGUGCGCUCAGUGCCAGUGUCUAAUGGCCCCGAAGUGAAGAGCCAGGCGCUGCUCCGGCGGCGGCGCGGCCGGCCUGCCGCAGAUGAACCCUCCUAACUAGCGCCGAGGGGUCGGGAGGGACGGCGAGCAGGGGAGAGCCCGAGGGGCCAGCCGGGAAGACGAGGAUAGCGGUGGAUAGCGGUGUGCGGAAGAGGACGGACCCGCGAGCAGCUCCACGGCUACCUGUCGACACAUGCUGUGCUCCAUGGCUAACUCGGGCUGCCUCCUUGUCUCCAACUCAGGCAUGCUUCCUCACUCUCUCCCCUGUCCUCCAGCCUUCCUCUACCUCCAACAGGGUAACCAGGACGCCACGGCCCCGCCGGACGCCAUGGCCCAGCCCUACCCCCCCGCCCAGUACCCCCCGCCCCCCCAGAACGGGAUCCCCGCAGAGUUCGCCCCGCCGCACCCGCACCCCACGCAGGACUACUCGGGGCAGAGCACGGUCCCGGAGCACGCCAUGAGCCUCUACACACCAGCACAGAGCCACCCCGAGCCGGCGGGCAGCGACGCCAGCACGCAGUCCAUAGCAGGGACACAGACGGUACCGCAGACAGACGAGGCGGCGCAGACAGACAGCCAGCAGCUACACUCCUCAGACAACACGGACAAGCAGCAGCCCAAGAGGUUACACGUCUCCAACAUUCCCUUUCGAUUCCGGGACCCCGACCUGCGGCAAAUGUUUGGGCAAUUUGGGAAAAUCCUGGACGUGGAGAUCAUUUUCAAUGAGCGGGGCUCCAAGGGUUUUGGGUUUGUAACUUUUGAAACUAGCACAGAUGCCGACCGGGCACGGGAGAAGCUGAAUGGCACCAUCGUAGAGGGCCGGAAGAUUGAGGUGAACAACGCCACGGCCCGUGUCAUGACCAACAAGAAGGUGGCCAACCCCUACACCAACGGCUGGAAGCUGAACCCGGUGGUGGGAGCAGUCUACGGCCCCGAAUUCUACGCAGUAACGGGGUUCCCGUACCCCGCCACGGGGACGGCCGUGGCCUACCGAGGGGCUCACCUGCGGGGCCGGGGCCGUGCUGUGUACAACACCUUCCGUGCCGCGCCGCCGCCGCCGCCCAUCCCCACCUACGGCGCGGUCGUCUACCAGGAUGGGUUCUACGGAGCUGAGAUCUACGGGGGCUAUGCUGCCUACAGGUACGCCCAGCCCGCAGCAGCAGCAGCCGCCUACAGCGACAGCUACGGCAGAGUGUACGCAGCAGCAGACCCCUACCACCACACCAUCGGCCCCGCCGCCACGUACAGCAUUGGCACCAUGGCUAGUCUAUACCGAGGAGGGUACAGCCGCUUCACUCCCUACUAGCAAGAAAGACCCAGCCCCCCCACCACUGCCCCCGAUGCUCACUAGCACCAAACCCAACCAGGCAGACAGAGCCGAGGCCGAGCCUGCGGAGGAGCCGCGGGUGCUGCCUGGGGCUGGCGCCGGGCUCUGUGGGGCCGCUGGGCUCUGUGGGGCCGCGGCACCCCACACCCUGAGGGUUACCUGCAGCACCCCACACCCUGAGGGUUACCUGCAGCACCCCACACCCUGAGGGUUACCUCAGCCACUCCGUCCUGCCGCCCGCCCGCCUCUCCUGCAGCAUCCACCCGCCCCGGGGCCCAGCCCCGAGCCCCAGCAGCGCCCGUUCCCACAGCCGGGGUGCGGGGUCCCCCUCUGCACAGGGCUCAUCCCCCGCGGGGCAGGGGGUGCUCAGCCUGCAGGGAUGCUCGCUCCACAGGCACUGGGGCUCGGCGUGACAGCAGCCCCCCGAGCAGCCCCUCUGCCCCCGUAGGAGAGAGAGGAGCCAGCUGGGCUUGCUGCCAGCUGUGGGGCCUGGCGAGGCUGGGGUGGGUUUGGGAUCCAGGGGCAGGUGUGACGGGCUGGGCUGGCUGCAGAGCUGGGUGUGAUGAGCUGGGCUGGGACGGUGCCUGCGUGCCCCCGGCCACCUGCUCGGCCUGAGUGCUCCAGCGAAAGACCUGCCUCUCUUGUUUCUGUUGUAGUGAACCCGUGGCCGUUUCCUUCUGGGACCAGGAAGGGCAAAAAUAUCCACACACACAUACAAAAUAAAAAAAAAAGAACCCCAAAAUAUAAAAAUUAAAAGCGAAGCAACAAAAAAAAAAAAAAAAAAAAGAAAGAAAAACCAAACAAAAAAAAAGAGAAAGCAAGCCAAGCGGCAGCAGCCAAGUGAGCCCCAACUGUCCACACACACGGCGUGAGCGAGUCCCAGAGGAGCCGCGGCGAGCACCGGCGGUCGGACGCGCCGGAGGGAGGGACCCCCGGCCCCCGGCCCCACAGCCCCGCAGGGAGGGAGCCGGCACAGGCAGGCGUGAGGGUCCGCGGGGCCCGGGGGGCCCUCCCCGCCCGGGUGCAGGGCCCGGGCGCCACGUCUUCCUUUCCCUGGUGCAGCAGCGCUGGGGGUGCCGGCAGAGCGCUGCGCCCUGCCCGCCUCGUGGGACCGGGUGACAGGGUGGGGACCUGGCUUGGUGCCACCCGGCGCUGGCGGCCAUCAGCGUGUCAGGUGUGCGAGGCCUCGGCUCCAGCGCGGAACUGGGGCGGCGGCGCGGAUGCGGUGCUGAGGUAUUGCAGGGGACGACCCUCUGCCUUUUAAAGGGAAUUUUUGUUAAGAGGAGCUUGCAACUCGCUUGUGACCCCUUCCCCUUCUUCCUCCCUCCUUCCCUGACACCCACGCUCCCGCCCUGCCUGGACCAGCCCUGACCAAAGCUGGGCCAGGCCUGCCCCAGUCCCACUCCCGCUUGCUCUGCGGCACGGGACACGCUCACGGCCACCCGUCCCUGCCCGAGGCAGCGGGAUGCCCCCAGCCCUGGGUGCGGGGUCUCGGCCGCUGCAUCCCCCACGAGGGACCCACCCGAGCCACGAGGCUGGGCUGUGGCACCGGCACAUUGUGGCACGGGGCACUGCGGGGCCCAUCCCGGGGUGCAGCGCCGUCCCGCGCCCUUCCGGCUCUGCCGCUCCUCAAACCUCACUUUAUAGUCUGCAGACGCCCCCGACGCCCCAGCGAUGAGCUCCCCCUUUUCUAUUCCCAGUGUACAUAGCCCAGGCCCCGCUCCCUGUACAAAGCUCCGUCCAUCGCUGUACUGGCUUCUCCCUUACAGCACCCCCGCGCCGCCCCGGCGUGCGGGCUGGCGCCAGCCCAUCCUGUAUGCUUCAAAGUGUGACCAUUCUAAUAAACAGUAUUAUUAUUAUUA